AUGAAGAAGAGCUGGAUGCGGUUGCUGCGGCUGUAUUCCGAGGAGCGCGGAAAACUUGAUGGUACUCAGGAGGCGGUGCGAUUGGAAGUGGACCGGCGUCUGUUUCGGGCGCCGGGGUUGACCUGCACGGAUAAACGGGCGGACGCAGGGUCCGAUGAUGGCCGAUUACCAUCGUGCGGCGACAAGGGUUCAAUCGCGUACGCCUCCUUGCUGACGAAAAUUGGUUUCUGCACCUUCUUCCGUCUACUCUGCCUCACGAAGAACAAGCCAACGGCGACGAGGGCGAGAAAGGCGAUACCCCCGACGACGCCGCCGACGAUGGCGCCGGUGUUGUUCGAGUGCUUGGAUGUGUCGCUUCCCGCGUUGGAGCCGGAGCCGGCCGUAUGUAAGAACCCCUAG